AUGAUGCAGCUGGAGAAAGUCAUUGGAAACACCAUCAAGAGUUCCUGUGCGCUCUCAGUGAAUGCUGUCACGGGCGAGUUCGCAUACCCUGCAGGGUGUGUUCUGGUGUUCUACAACCCAAGGAAGAACAGGCAGACGCAUUACUUCUCCUCCAGCAACAACAAGGCGCUCCAGUGCUCGGCCUUCUCUGCAGACGGAUGCUACGUUGCUGCUGGGGAGAGCGGGCGCCAGCCAUCCGUGCAUGUAUGGGACACGUCGUCGGGGACACACCUGGCAGAGCUGCAAGGGCACUCGUUCACGGUCAAGGCGAUCCAGCUCUCGAGGGAUGGGAGGCUGCUGGCAUCAGCUGGAUCGAGAGGAGACGGGCGGCUGAAGGUGUGGGAAUGGAGGUCUGGAACUCUCAUAGCGAACGCAAGGUUCAAGAUUGAGAUCCACAGCCUCGACUUUAGCUCGAGCGACAACGUGCUGGUCUCAGCGGGCGCCGAGGGUCACCUCAAGUACUGGGAUAUCAGGCCCACGACCACGUCCAACUCAAAGGCGCAGGGGAUGAAAGGGAGGAAGGCCAUCAUGGAGGGAGGGCCGCCGACUGCCGGGGACUUUGUUGAGAUUGCGUCUAACCUGACAAGGAAUAAUGAGCUGAUCGUGUACGCCGUGACCUCGGACGGCUUCCUGCUCAGUUUUGAUGCAGACAGGGCAGUAGACAAAUGGGUGGACUUGAAGUCGCGCAAGGUGUCUUCGUUGGCCGUGAAUGAUUCACAUGUUGCCUGCGCUUGUUGUGAUGGUCUCGUGAGGCUGUUUCAUCCCGAAACACUCGAAUACAUUGCUACCUUACCACGUCCUCCGCCCUUCCGACCAAAGGACACGGCAGAAUCAGCUCGUUCAAAUCCCGUGGAAGCUGUAUGGCCAGACACCCUGUCGGUCCGAUUGACGAGAGAUGGGCAGAGACUUGGGUGUGCUUAUUCAGACCGAUCGUUGUUUAUUUGGGACCUCAGAGAUGCGAAGAAGGUAUGCCGUUGCCGUGCCAUGUACUCGCAUGCCGGCAGUAUCUGGGACCUUGAAUUUCUCAACAAAGAUUCCGCAGAAAGGUUGGGGUUCGCGCCAGACACGUUCGUUACGUGUUCUUCGGAUUCAACCCUUAGACUUUGGUGUCUGCCGCAAGCGCAUGCCACAAAGGAACACGGUUCCAAAGGCCACUCAUUGCGAGAUCUGCUGGCGGUGGCGGAAUGUGAUGAUAAUGCAAAUACAAGCAGCACAAACGGAAAGUCUCGAACGGGAGGAGGAUUGAGAUGCGUUCGGAUAUCCACCGACGGCAGAUACGUCGCUUCUGGAGACAAGGCGGGGAAUCUCAGAGUGCACAAGAUCUCGCCAGACAUGGAGAUGAAGGUGUUCUUGGAGGCGCAUGACGCUGAAGUUCUGUCUCUCGACUUUGGUGGAAUCAAUGGGGCACUACUGGCUUCUGGAGGUCGGGACAAGCUCAUCCAUUUGUUUGAUGCGGACUCUGAUUACGACCUGAUUGAUACGUUUGAAGAUCACACCUCAGCGGUCACUUGUGUUCGAUUUGCGGGUAAAGGAAGCAGACUUGUCAGCUGCGGUGGUGACAAGAAACUGGCAUUCAAGUCUAUAACACAGACCAGUACCGGAGCGAAAGGCAGGACCAAAAUCGAUGUGAAGCAUGUUGAGCAUCUCGUGGACAAUACAAUCUAUGACGUUUGCGUGGAUCGUACGGGGAAGCUGGCCGUCACAGCAGGUCAGGACAACAGUUUGACCCUAUGGGACACCUUUAGUGGGUCGAGGAAGCGAAGGUACGAGAUGGAAGUAGAGUGCACUCUCAGGGUCAGGUUUGACCCCAGUGGACGUUACACGGCAACGACGAGCUCUGAUAAGGGCAUCAGACUCUACGACUUGCAAUCGGGAAAGAUGCUCUGCAAAGCGUUUGGACACUCUGAGCCAGUGACGGUUGUUGCCUUCUCCCCUUCUUCACAACAUCUUGUUUCGUGUUCCUGUGACGGCUGUAUCUUUGUGUGGAAACUGCCGGAUUUCCUUAUCAACUCGAUCUCUUCACAAGACUUGGAGUCGAAGGAUCCUUCUUUGCUCCAAGAAAAGUCGGGAAAGUCCUCAAGCGGGCAGCAAGCCAACCAAUCAACCGCAAAGAAGCCUGGCAUUUCUGAUCUCAUGAAGAUCCAAGAAGAAAGCAAAAAUGAUGCUUCUAUCAAGAAAGGAGAGUCCGCCGACCUUCUACAAAGACAGAAAGCGAUGUUGAGCUCGUUGCUGGCAGAGCAGGACCGCCCGGAGAAUCGUAGAAGCAACACAACGACGAUGGAUGCAACUACUUCGAACGGGCAGAUCUUUACUUCACCCGAAAAUGCACAGAAUGCAAAGAUUACGUCGGUCGACACGGCUCGCAGAAUAUUGAUGAGGGGGUGGAACGAGAGUCCCUCCGAACAGCUGAAUGAAAAUGUUUCUAUCCACACCUCGACAGAUGAUGAUGACUUGCAGGUUGAAAACCUUGACGAUCCGACGGAAGGAGGGACCGAGAGUGACAGUAAGGCUACGCAAGAAAGCGACGAGGAGGAUGAUGAAGAUGUUGUUGGGACCAUCGACAAUGACGACGACAAGAAUGAAUUCACUGUUUUGACUUCAGCCGGGGUCCGUCUGAGCCAAGGAUAUGACAUGAAGCACAAGGACGAAGUCAAGACGUCCAUCAAGGAGGAGCGAGACAGCGAUGAUGACUCGGAGGCCGACAACAAGACAGUAACAGAAGACUCAGUCGUGGAUAAUCAAACCUUCCUGAAAGAAGCUCUGUCGGAAGAGACUGUUGUAAUCGACCCAAGAAGCUCCUUGCGUGUGAGCAGGUCCACCAGUCACCUUCUUCACAAACAGAUCAGAGAAGCACUUGGCAAAGUGGACAAUCGAGAGAAGGCACAGGAGACUGGCGAGGAGCAAGAGGACGACUUUGCCUUCCAAACUCCGAGGGAAUCCACUCAUGAUAGCUCAAUUCCUCUUGCAACUCCAGAGAGUCGAGAUCGAUCCAACAUUGCAAGGGAGAAGAACCAAGCGCUGGCCAGAGAGAUCGAGAACAUGCGUGAGAGACUUAGAGCCAUGGGCAUGUGUGGAGGAUCGUGGAACACGGAUCAGGAGGUGCCGAACCCUACUCCAGCUGUUAGUCAGAUCUCUAGUGCCGUCCCAAGCUUAAUGUCGAGCCCUGCGAAACCCACACCGAACUCAAAGAUCGCAAGUACUUCGAGAAUGGCUCAGGGAAAUCGGAAGCAGGAGCAACAUGGAACAAAAGGGGCGUUGGAUACGAAUGCUAUGCCUCCUCCGACCGAAGGACGAAGUGCUGUGCGCCCAGAACCGAAGGCGGGAGAGGCAAUGCCGCCUUCUCAGAGUGCGACAGGCACCAUGGCUGAGCAGCAGCUUGAGACAAAUAAAGAACCGACAGCAGAAGGUUCGCCUGGAAAGCUUUCCUUGUUUGCUAAGAUGAGGUAUGCGGGGACUGUUAAGGCUGCAGAGAGAGCAGAUACAGGAAUUUCGAGCAGUGCCAAGGAUGUGUACACUGCAGUUGGAGCAGAGGAGACAAGUCUGGCGCAAGAGCGGCAGCGACUUCGAGAGGAAGCGAAGAAGAAGGCCGAAGAGAAUGUUGAAUUGCUCCGGCAAGCAGACGAGCAGGCAAGGAAAGAAAAGUUCAGGGGGGCGAAGGAGGAAGCAGAAAAGAUUCGAUUGCGACUGAAAGAGCUCGAGAGCAGGAAGAAGCAGUCGUUGGGCGCCAACAUCUCUGAUGUCCAGUUGAAUGCGACGAAGGAAUCAUUAGAGACAACCACGUCGUCUGCAGGAAGCGUGAAAGAGCAAAUCCUCCAGGAGAGCUCGUCCCGGCGUCCGGGUCAAACUCCGACAGGGACGCAAAGGGAGGGGCCUGAAAUGCUCGAGUCUACAAGCAGCUCCAUGGGUAGCACCGCUGGUCGCACCCUCAGCAAGGAGGAGCUGCAAAUUGCCGCAGCGCGAGCAGCCGCGAAGAAGUUGGAAGUGGAAGAAGCUAAGAGAAAGGCGAUGGAGGCAGACCAGGCGCUGAGGGAAGCGUAUGAAGCCGCCAACCAAGAAAGAUUGCAGCGAGAGCAGGAGAUGAUGAUGAUAAAGAAUCAACAAGUCAUGUUGACGAAAGAGUCUGAUCAGGAAAUCGGAGCAAGACGAACUGCAGAGCUCGCCGCUGUCUCUGCCCUUGAGCAGCUCAAACGCUUGAAGGAUUCCAGCACAAGCGUAGCCACAGCGCCUGGGGCAGAAGCAAGGGACGGGGAGAGAUUGCAGCCAACUGGAGGGAUACAAGCGCGUGCCCCCGCAGAGAAGGACUCGAGUCAUCGACCAGAUGGUAAAGAAGCUACAGACGCUGGGCAGAUGUUGCAAGUGGGUGUGCUGAGCUGGGCAUCGGAGCUCGGCGUUGAGGUUGUAUCUCCUAUUACGCUCUCCGAAGGGCCUGCAGGACAGUCUUCCUUCCAACAUGCAGGCGGCGACGAAUUGUGUCAGCAGGCUACAGGAGACGAAACCGCCGGAGAGGAGGUUUUGCUAGUGAGCACUCAACACGUCCAGACGGAAAGUGGUCCGGAGGUUUUCGAACGGCCCAGCGGAGCAGGAGAACUGGAGGAUGACUCUGUGGACAUUGAGAUCUUGGAAGGGAAGGAAGAGGAGGUGAACAGCGAGGGCAAGGGAUGGUUGGUGCGUGAGUCGUGCGAGCAUGAGGCGUUGAGCACGGUGAUAGAACCGAGUGGGGACGAGGAGAUCCCCGAGGAGCUGGAUGCGUGCGAAAGCAGCUCUUCCAACUCAGCAGAACAGACAGGCGGCGCUGCGCUUGAGAAGAAUCAACCAAACCUGGAAGGGCCCUUAGAGAGCCAGGUCACUUUCGAGGAGGGUAAGGAUGAGAGCGAGAUGAAGAGCACGGAAGCAGCAUCUGGGCAAGGGUUCACUAGCCUUGAGUUUCAGAGCCAGGCAGAAUUGCCGACCAAGACCUAUACCUACAGCCCAGAAGUACCUCUGAUGCCUGCCAGGCUAGGUGACCCGAAUCACCCGCUGAGGAAGCUUGACAUCGACGCCUCGGACUUCACCUUGAACUCGGAGAUGGAUGAGACAACGUCCGUCCGAGACCAGACGUGCUCCGCCGUGGAUGCAGGAAAUCGACUCCGAGCUAGCGUGAACGCCACACUGGACCAGUAUAACAUAGCUCGGGCAAGCGGAAGCCGGCAGGCCAUGGCCGAUGUUAUUGCGGCUCUCCGGCACUCUCAGCAUGUCAUCAAUCAAGUCCUCGACGCGUACGAUAGCGAGGUGCUUCAGCACAGCAGCAGGUUGUGCGAGGAGACACCAGCCAAGGUAGAGAACCAGGUGACUCCCCUCCCCGUCUUCAACACGGACGCCUCCCGUGCAGCCCGCAACGUCCCUGCUCUUCCUCUCUACCCAUCCCAUGCUUUCAGCGUUCCAUCUAGCGGACUGCCUUCUGCGCGUUCAAGCGUCGACUUGGGAGGGAGUGUCAGCCAACGCAGUCAGUUCGGCACCAACUACUCAGCUAUCUCGGGUAGUCCUCGACUCUAG